AACAUAGUAUGUAUAUAUAUAUAUAUAUAUAUAUAUAUAUGCCUCCCAAUCCAAUUCUUCUCAACCUCUCAUUAAUCUAUACAGCUUUUUUAGGCCAUUUCAAUGGCGUUCAAACGAAACUUCAACAUAAUGGCGAGGCCAGUCACUUUGUUGGGUCAUUUGGUGGCCAUAUCUAUCGCAGUCUUGAUUCUUGUAUGGAUCCUCCAUUUCAGAGAAGGGGUUGCUUUCAAAUCAGAUAACAAGCUCAAGAUUCUAAAUCUGCAUGUGCUUUUAAUGGUGAUUGGACUCAUCCUAUUUGGAGGGCAAGCUAUAAUGGCAUACAAGUCAAUACCAGCAAAAAAAUACUGGAGAAAAGUGGUGCAUUUGGGGUUGCAUGCAAUAGCAUUAGCUGCUGCAAUUUUUGGGAUUUGUAUGAGUUUCAAGUUUCACCAUGACAUCCAGUUGACGAAUCUUGUUUCUUUGCACUCUUGGUUUGGUUUGAUCACCGUUUGCUUGUAUGGUCUACAGUGGGUAGUGGGCUUCUUUACGUACUUCUUCCCCGGAGCAGAAUCAAGGAGGAGAGCCAGCUUAAUGCCAUGGCACGUUUACUUUGGUAUAUUCGUCUUCUUAAUGGCAACCUGCACUGCUGAAUUAGGGCUGCUUCAAAGCUUGGACACUUGGUUUUUGUUAGGGCACACCCAAGAAAACCUUAUCAUCAACUUCACAGGUCUUCUCAUUUUUCUCUAUGCGGCCACUGUUGUUCUCACUGUCAUUCUUCCACCCCUUUAUUAG